GCGGGAGAGCGGCGGUGCCCUGACGCGGUUGUGUCCCGGCCGUAAGGCAGGAGCGUCGCCGUGGGAGGCGAGGGAGGUCUGAAGCGAGGAGCGGUCUGCGCGGGGCCCGGCGGGAUGGCAGGGGAGCCCGGCGGGAUGGCAGGGGUUCCCGGCGAGAUGGCAGGGGUUCCCGGCGAGAUGGCAGGGGUUCCCGGCGAGCUCAGCCUCAUGGAUAGGGGCCUUAAGAGCCUGCUGGAUGUGUCCCUGAGCUCGGACCUGCACACGCUCAACGCCCACUGCAACCGCAUCGCCAGGAUCGAAGGGCUCGGCCACCUCCGCAACCUGCAGCAUUUGGAUCUGUCCUCGAACCAGAUCCGCCGGAUCGAGGGGCUCAGCUCCCUGGCGAACCUGCGCACCCUGAGCUUAUCCUGUAACCUGAUAACCAAAGUGGAGGGACUGGAAAAACUCUUUAAUUUAACUGUGCUGAACUUGUCAUAUAAUCGCAUACAUGAUCUCUCUGGAUUUCGAUCCCUUCAUGGAACCAGAUAUAAGAUUAGCCACAUUGAGCUUCACAGCAACUGUGUAAGCAACAUUAUUCACUUACUUCAGUGCACGAAGGGGCUGCACUGUUUGACGAACCUCACACUGGAAAAAAACGGAAAAGCCAAUCCAGUUUGUCACACAGCAGGUUAUAGAGAAACUGUUCUUCAGUCGUUGCCCCAGCUAACAGCUCUAGAUGGAAGAGGUAUUUCUGGUGAACCAGUGGACCUGGAAGAAAAAAACUGUUCAGAUUUGCAGUUCUUAGAAGACGUUUUGGGCUCUUUGGUUUCAUCUGGGUGCCCCUCAUCCAGAGAUCAGAACAGUGUUGCCUUACCGCUGGCGACACCUCAUAUUGACCAGGCAUUGGCUAAUUUUCGUCAGCGUACAAGAAUAGCAGUACAAGGUGCCACCAGCUCCUCCACAGAGCUUGUCUCAUCUUCAGAACCAGAGAAGACUGAACUUGAUAAAAUACACAGUGAGAUGAGGAUUAAAAGAAUAGAAGAUCUGAUUUCACAGAUACUGCAAAAGGUAUCUGAUAGCUCAAGACAGGAAGCUCCUCCAAGUUGUCUCAAAGCUAAGAGAGACACAGAUCCAACUUCUGAGAGUGAAAAUGAGAGUGGGAAAGAGAACAACAGAAAGGUCAUGAAAAGAAGCAAAAUCCCUCCUCACAGGAGAACUACCUUAUCUCCUAAGUGUCAUGCGAGUCAUCUUAAGAACAAAAUAACCAACAGGGAAGAGAAGAAGAGUUCCUCAAAGUGUUCAUACUCCAGUCAGAGAGACUCUCAUCUUAAUUCAUCGUCAGAUAAUCAAGACUUGAAAGUAGUGGGAAGAAAAGCUGAAAUACUGACUGGUAGACAGAGCAAUAUAGAAAAACUAGAAGAAAGUCAUUCAAAUCCCACAGAGGAAUCAACAUACCAAGUGCUGAUUCAAGAACUGGAGCAGGAGAAAGAAAGGAGGUGGAAAGCAGAGCAAGCAGAGAAGAAAUUAUUAGAGCAUGUCAAAGAGCUACAGAAGCAUUCAAAAGAAGAAAAGAAUAUUCAGAGUAUGGCUGUAUACACUACAGACAGGCUAAAGGAAUUGAUAUUGAAAGAGAGAGAUGACAAAGCAAGACUGCAAGCAGAUGUCCAACAGUUGAAAGAUGAAACUGAAAGACUUACUAAUGAGUUAAAUCAGGCAAGAAAUAAAGAAGCAGAACAUCAGAAGGCCAUGCAAGCUUUAGAAGAAACACUAUCCAAGAUGGAGACACAGAGAUUGCAGCAACGAGCAAUAGAGAUGAAACAAGUGCAAGAGGCAGAGCUUAAAGCAUCAGCAAAUGAAAGAGAAGUACAGUUACUUCGAAUAUCCUUCCGACAACAGAAGGAGAAGGUAAAACAACUACAUGAACUUCUCAUAUUAAGAGAGCAAGAGCAAAGGAAAGAACUUGAAAGCCGAGUUCCUUUAAAUGGACCUGAAUUUCAAGAUGCUUUGUCAAAAGAAGUGGCUAAAGAGGAGCAGAGGCAUGAACAGUGUGUUAAAGAAUUUCAGGAGAAAAUUAACACAUCCUACCAGAAGUACAGAGAGUUAGAAGAUGAAUUUCGUUUAGCUCUAACUGUUGAAGCAAAAAGGUUUAAAGAGGUAAAAGAGGGUUUUGAAAAUGUUUCUGCUGAUCUAGUUAAACAUAAGCGAGCCCUCUUUGAGUCUGAGCAAAGGGAAAAAGAUAUGGCAAGUCUGAUCCAAGACCUGACAAGUAUGGUAGAAGAACAGAAAGCAAAGAUUGCAGAAUUAACAAAAGCAAAUGAAGAAGCUACAGCAAACCUAAAGUGUCGAACUCGAGAACUUGAAACUGUGACUGAGGAGGACAAACAGAAGGCCGUUCAAGUCGAACUUCUAAAAAAGGAAAAUGGAAAACUUACUUCUCAGCUGACAGCCCAGGAAUCUGUGAUUGAUGGGUUAAAAAUGGAAAGAAAAAUAUGGGGACAGGAGCUGGCACAACAGGGAGCUCAUCUUGCUCAAGAUCGGGGAAAACUGGAAGCUAAAAUUGAAGUUCUGACAAAUGAGAUUGAAAUGUUAAAAAAGCAAAAGGAACAGGACAGUGAUACUAUAAGAAUUAAAAACAAAAUACUGGAUGAUCAGACAGAAACAAUUAGGAGAUUGAAAGAAGGCUUACAAGAAAAAGAUAAACAAAUCAGAAAACAGCAUGAAGAAAAUCGUGAAGCUCAGAAAUUGUUUGAAGUAGAGCUGGAUGAAAAAGCUGCUGAAUGUGAAAAGCUAAUGGAAAAAUUAGAAAGGCAGAAUGAAAGAAAAGAGGAAUUAAAGCUACUAGAAGAAAAAGAAGUGGAACUUGAUGACAUUAGGCAUGCACACAGCGCAUUGAAAAAGAGGUGGCAAGGUAAAGGAGAGCUCUUAAGCCAGCUGGAGGUGCAGGUUAAACAUGAGGAAAACUUUGAUAUCAAGGAGAAGAAGCUGAUUGAAGAGAGAAUAAAAGUCUUCAAACUCAAAGGAUUGCUGUGGAAAAGGCUUCAUGAAAUGGAGAAUGCUUUUAGAAGAAAACUUGAGUCAAUGUUGGCAGCACAUCAGGAAGAACUAUUGCAGCUGGCAAAUGAAAAGGAAAAACAAAUUGAAGCAGCAAAUGAAAAGGUUUACUCUGUUGAAGAAGAAAUGCGGGAGCUUCUGCAGGAAAUGGCAAACAAUAAAAAAGCCAUGGAAAAUAAAAUACAACUACUUGCACGUGCACUGAAUGAUAUUCAACAAGAUCUUUGAAGAUUAUUAAUAUUUACUCUAAAAACAUGUAUUACACAAGCUUAAGCAAUUUCAUACACUACAAUGCACUUUUCCUUGUUUUCUAGAGAAUUGUCUCUGUUGUUUAUUUUGGUGGUUCAGGGAUCAGACAUAAAUGUUUUUAUGUUAUAUUCAUAAUAAAUAGUUAUUUCUAACCUA